GCAGCUGAGCUUCGAGCCUACCUGAAAUCCAAAGGAGCAGAGAUCUCAGAGGAGAACUCCGAGGGGGGGCUGCAUGUCGACCUGGCUCAGAUCAUCGAGGCCUGUGAUGUGUGUCUGAAGGAGGACGACAAAGAUGUGGAGAGCGUGAUGAACAGCGUGGUGUCCCUCCUUCUCAUCCUGGAGCCGGACAAGCAGGAAGCGCUGAUCGAAAGCCUGUGUGAAAAGCUGGUCAAGUUUCGGGAAGGUGAACGCCCGUCCCUGAGGCUGCAGCUGCUGAGCAACCUUUUCCACGGGAUGGACAAGAACACGCCUGUGAGGUGCACCGUGUAUUGCAGCCUCGUCAAGGUGGCCGCUGCGUGUGGGGCCAUCCAGUACAUCCCAGCAGAGCUGGAGCGGGUAAGAAAGUGGAUUUCCGACUGGAACCUCAACACUGAGAAAAAGCACACCCUGCUGAGGCUGCUUUACGAGGCCCUCGUGGACUGUAAGAAAAGUGAUGCUGCCUCAAAAGUCAUGGUGGAGUUGCUUGGAAGUUACACGGAGGACAAUGCUUCCCAGGCACGGGUGGAUGCCCACAGGUGCAUCGUGCGAGCACUGAAAGAUCCAAAUGCGUUUCUUUUUGACCAUCUUCUUACUUUAAAGCCAGUCAAGUUUUUGGAAGGCGAGCUCAUUCAUGAUCUCCUAACCAUUUUUGUGAGUGCUAAAUUGGCAUCGUAUGUCAAGUUUUACCAGAAUAAUAAAGACUUCAUUGAUUCACUUGGCCUGCUGCAUGAACAGAAUAUGGCCAAAAUGAGACUGCUUACUUUUAUGGGAAUGGCUGUGGAAAACAAAGAAAUUUCUUUUGAUACGAUGCAGCAAGAACUUCAGAUUGGAGCUGAUGACGUCGAGGCAUUUGUUAUUGAUGCGGUAAGAACUAAAAUGGUCUACUGCAAAAUUGAUCAAACCCAGCGAAAAGUAGUUGUCAGUCAUAGCACACACCGGACAUUCGGGAAACAACAGUGGCAGCAACUGUAUGACACACUCAAUGCCUGGAAGCAGAACUUGAACAAAGUGAAGAACAGCCUUCUGAGUCUUUCUGAUACCUGAGUUGUUAGGUGUUUAAUUUUGUUCAUUUGGGAGGGGAAAACCCCAAAUCACAGUAAAAUGUUAUGAACUAAAA